AUGUUACAAUUAUGGUGUGAUAAUCAGUCAUAUACGAACAUAAGCGGCAUGGCCGAAAUAAUAGAGAACAAUGCCCUAUGUGCUUUUUUACUGAUGAAUAGACGUCCAAUCAUUUCGGACUGCGAAGUGAAGGUGACUGAUUCUUGUCAGACAGAAACUUCACUACCAAACACAUUACAAGAGAGUCAAAAUGAUCUUGAUCUAUCACAAGACCAUGAUAAUACGCAAGGUAGACAAUUAGUAAAUGUCAAGGGGAAAUCCCAAACCCAAGUUACUCCUAGUAGAAGUACUCAGUUUAGAAGAAAUAAAUCUGCUUUAGAAAGUAAAUUAAUAAAUUAUAUGGACUCCCAGAUCAAGCAACCAUCACCAGUGAUACAAAACCAACCAAAAGAAACCGAUGACUUGGUCUUCUUUAGGUCAUUACAAACGAGUUUAGAUACGCUCACUCCCAAUAAAAAAUUGAACUUCCGAAUAGAUGUGAUGCAAUUAUUAACUCGCUACACAAACAGAAAACCAAACCAAGAUACACCUUAUUUUCCAAAUUUUACUCCCGCUUAUCAACAGGCACAGCAAUAUCCAGUGGCCAAUUUUCCUUAUACAAGUUUCAGUGCGCUAAUGCCUGCACAAACACCAUAA